UUCAGGCAAAGCAAAUCAGUGGAAAAAUGGCGUCGGCAUUGAGAGCAGCAAUUCUAGGGCACGUACGAGUCCCUGUGGUGGCUAACGGAUCCAAGCUGCUGGCACCGUUAUGGACUCACCGGACCACAUCCGUUCGAUCAAUGUCGUCUCAUGACGAUCAUCUCGAAAAGACUCAAGUCAUUGACAGAAUCCUCGACAUCGUCAAGAGCUUCCCCAAAGUGGAUCCUUCUAAGGUAACUCCUGAAGUUCAUUUCCAGAAGGAUCUUGGGUUGGACAGCUUGGAUAAUGUGGAGAUCAUAAUGGCCAUUGAAGAGGAGUUUAAGUUGGAGAUCCCCGACAAAGAAGCAGAUAAGAUCGACUCUUGUGCACUCGCAAUUGAGUACGUAUAUAAUCAUCCCAUGGCUAGCUAAAGCUUAUGCUUUCGGUUUUGGCGCAUUUUCUGUUUGCAUUUUUUGUAUACGAGUUGAAGUCUACCGGACUUUACUAGGAAAAUAAUUAGAAGCAUUUGUGACUUCAUCAUCCUUGCGUGUUUGUUAAACUGAAAUAUGCAUGAACAUGAUUUACCAAUGUUUUUGGUUCUGGAAUCAUUAUUGCAAAACAAUUGUUUGUUUUA